AUGACUAUGAACUGUAUUGACACGCUUUUUCUUUCUCUUACAACAGAUGGUGAUAACAAAUAUAUGAGAGCAAUGCGUUUAAUGAGUGGAUUCUUUGCAUCUUUUCCAAAUAUGAAAUUACACGAGCGACCAAAAGCAUUUAAAAUACAUUUACCAUCAAAAUUGCCGUGGUUUUAUCUUCGACGACAACAAUUAGUAUUAUUUCUACAAGAUCCUACACAUUUAGCUACAAAGUGGAGAAAUCGUUUAUUAUCUUCAACAGCACAACUCAUGAUGGGUCAACAAUUAAUUUCCAUACAGCAUUUGCAUGAUAUUAUUGACAGUGAUGCAUAUUCUAAGCUUGAUCAUGGUCUUGUUCAGACAGAUAUUAAUCCUAAAGACAGACAGAAUUAUCGUUCUUGUGAAAAAGUGACAUCAAACGAUUUGUUAAAUAUUGUUCGUAGUAAUCCCAAUACAUCAGGAACAUUUGUUUACCUUCAUCUAUUAAAAUUGUUAAUGGUUGCUUAUAUUGAAAAAUCAACAACAAUUGCAAAACGGUUGCAUUCAGCAUGGGUUGUUGUAUUUGUUUAUCGAUUAUGGUGGUCAUGGCUUAAAAAUAAAACAUUUGCUAAUAAAACAACAAAAAAAAAGAAAACAAAAAAAAGUAGUAUAGAUAAAUAUUUUAUAACUAAAACAGCAUAUUUAUCAGUUGAAAUUAAUGCGCACAAUUUACUUUACUCAAUAUUAUUAGUACAAAAAAUAAAAAAGCCUACCAAAAGAAGCAUUAAAUCGUUGAGUGGUGCUUACUCUACAAUUAUCAACUUCACAGUUAGUGAUUUUUUUCGACGAGCUGAAAAAUUGUCGAUAUUAAAUCAAAUUAAGUGUGAUGAACAAUCAAACAAUGGUCAUCUUUCAUUUCCAGUACAUCACAAACGUAGAAAAGAUUAUCAUUUAUUAACAUUACAAGUUGCUGAUGAUGUUGAACAAUUAGAUAUUGAACAAACUAUAUUGGAUUCAUAUAGUACAUCAAUUAAAUUGAUUGAAGAUUUACAUAUGUCAACUGUUUUAAAACAACAUGAUAUAUUUCAAUUAGAACAAUUAAGUAAAUAUGUGUUUCAUGAAUUAAAUUCGGCAUCGAAAAUGUUUGAUAAUUCAACAGCAAAUAAUACCAGUGAUGAUUCUGAUUCAGAGUGGGAACCUGAAUUAGAUGAUGGUGAUAAUAAUCACAACGACAGUGACGAAGAUAGUGAAGGUCAAUCCGAUGAUAAUGAAAGUAUCACUACAGCAAAAACAAACUUUUCCGGUAUACAUAUCAAAGAUAAGAUUAACACUGAAUUAAAAAAUUCAUAUUUUAAAAUCAAAAUUAAUAACGCUGAUAAAUACUUACAUAAACAGUCAGCAAUCUGGCUAUUAACAGACAAAAAUUAUCGCAUACCAACAGAUAGGUUAUCACGAGUAAUUGAAACAAGCAAAAAAGAAUAA